AUAAUUAACAAAAAAGUAUAUAUUAAGUAAAUGUAACAUGUGCUGAAAAUAUUUUGUGCAUUUAAAGAAUGGUAAUCUGGAAACAACAAUCAAGUUUCGUUUGUGUGGUGGUCUAGCAAAACCAGAUUAAUGUGGUCGCACCACCAGAGGGAGAAAUCUUCAUUAGGACUCUGAACCAGACCGAAGCGGAUUAGACUGGAUUUUGAGCAGGCUUCCAGGAAGGCGAUAUUCACAUUAGAGAAACAUUGAUGCAAGUCAUGAAAAUGAAUAUUGUAAUGCUGAUAGUCAUUUUUUCAACUGAUCAUAGGCUAUCCCCUCUGAUAAUAAUGGACCACAAUUGCCCAGAUUAUUAUUUAAAGAAAGCUAUAGUCUAGUCUUUGUGGAAAUGCAAUACCCAUGAACAGUUUUCUUGGACCUAUAAAGCUGUUCGAACUUUCUGAAAAUGGAAAUACGAUGUCUAGCCAGCAUGACCAGCGCGGACCAUCUUCUCCCCUUGCCAUUGCUGCGCCUCAUGGUCCCCCCACUAAGGUUACUUGCAGCUGCCAUGUGGCAAGUGACACAGCAAAGGCAUGUGGAACAUUAUGGGAUGCUAGAGGAGUUUGUUACCACAGUUACAGAGAGUCUUCCAGACCUGCUGAGCUAUCGUCAAAGGGCACAGUUGAUUUUGGGCUUGAGAGCCAGGCUAAUUUUGGAGCUGUGUCGUGGAGAAAACCCAGCUGAUCUGAAAACCCUUCAGCCCCAUCUAGAUCGCAUUCGUGCCCCACCUGUUAAUGUCAUGAACAGUGAGGCUUGUGAUGAGGAAGUAGAAGAGUCUGAGACCAAUUUUCUGUUGCUUGUCCAGACCCUGUUGAAAGACCCUGCAGAGAGGGAGCACUUUUUUCAAAAUAUCUUCCCAGUGGAAUAUGGCUAUAAAUAUGACAAAUCAUUACAGAGGCUUAUGUUGGAUUUCCUGUCCAGAUUGGAGCGGCUCUUACCAGUGCCAGAUCUUACACAGAUGGUGUCUUGGCUUAGCAGCAACCCCUCUAGCUUGGAAGAGUGUUUGCUGUCAGCCCCACUCGCAAACCAAACCAAGACCCUUCUGGAACACCACAGGAACCGUGGUCAUCUGCAUUUCAUGGAUUCACUUCCAUCGACUGGUGAUGACUACAUCCUGUCCUCCUUGUCCCUCCCACCUCUGGUGCGAGUGGUGAUUGCCACAGAGCAGCCUGACUCUGUUGAUGCGUCAGAUUCCAUGUCUGCGGUGGAGGGCCAGAACAAGGAAGACUUCCUGGACUACCCAGUAGACCUCUCCAAAGACGACAGAGAGAAGGUAAAGGGGCCUGAGAUAGCAGAGGGGACAGAUGAAUGUGGUCCCAAAUGGCUGGGGGACAGCGAAGAAGGAGACACCUCUGAAAGUGGGGAGUGUGAAACGUGGAUACCGAUGACCUCAUGCGGUCAACCCCCACCCGCUCUGAGCCCGGCUCUCUUGGACCUCUCACUGAAGCGCUCCAUGGCGGGCAUCAGCGAAUGUGGACAGCACACAUCAGAGGAAAGCACUGUGGCCAAAGCAAACCUGAAGAGGACUUUGAACGGUCAUAAGUUUGCAGAGAAGAGGAAAAUGUCUGACAGUUCUGACAUGCUCCUUAAACGCCCAGCCGAGUCUCCACAAUUAAGGGAUUGUGAAGAACCCAGUGCAGAAUGUUCAUUCAUCUACUCCUGGGGAGGGUACACAGAUCUUCAGGAUGUGCCCCAGCACCCUACAAAUGAUGUCUCCAAAGUCCCAUGGUCUGAUCAAGAAACCCUCAACUUGAUUGACAUUUGGGGGAAAGACAGCAUCCAGCAAAGCCUGAAGGACUGUGUUCACAACAGACAUAUCUUCAAUGUGAUCUCCAAGAAGAUGUUGGAGCGUGGAUAUUUGAGAACUGCAGAACAAUGCCAUACCAGAAUCAAGCGGCUAAAAAUGAGUUUCAAACAGUGCUAUGAAAACAACAUCAAAGGUGGAGACAGGUUGGAGUGUAAAUUUUACGACCAGCUAGAGAGGAUUUUGGUGACUGAGGGAUCCUCCUCAACGUCUGAGGUCACAUAUGACGUUCAAGAGAUCAUAGUUGAAGACCAACCACCAGAGGAUCAGCUAACUAGAGAGGCACACGAAGAAGACAAGGAUUUGAAGUUCCUUGGUCACAGUGGUUUGGAAGGUACAAAAAAUAUUCCAUGGACUGACCAUGAAACCCAGACUCUGAUUACCAUCUGGGGAGAAGAUCGCACACAGAGGGAUUUGAGGGGCAUUCAUCGCAAUGGACACAUUUUCUCCAUGAUAUCCAAGAAAAUGUCCCCCUUUGGAUAUAUCAGAACGGCCGAGCAGUGCCAGUCAAGAGUGAAGAGGCUCAAGUUAAGUUUCCGACAGUGCUAUGAAAACAACCAUACUGCUGGAAAAGAGAGAGUUGAAUGCAAAUUCUAUGAUCAACUGGAGAGACUGCUAGUUAAUGAACUACCCUCGUAUGUGGAGGCGCUCGGUGACGAUCAGGACACAGACGUAGAGGCCAAAGGCUCUGGAGACACCGAUAAUGACUUUCCUGUCUACUCCUACCAAGAGAUUGAGGUGGCGGUCAACACCACAGACGAGCGCAAGAAGGUUCCGUGGUCGGACAGCGAGACGCUCAUCCUGCUGGAGCUGUGGGGGGACGAGAAGGUGCAGAGGAACCUGCAGCGCUGCCCCCACAACGGCCACAUCUACUCGGACAUCUCGGAGCGGCUCAACGCCCAUGGCUACUCGCGCACCUCGGAGCAGUGCCACACGCGCAUUAAACGGCUGAAGCUUAGUUACCGGCAGUGUCGAGAAAGCAUGAGUUCAUCAGAGGCUGAACAUGUGGAGUUUAAGUUCUAUGAUUUGAUGGAAGAGAUCUUGAACAAGUAUCCCUCCUCAAAAAAGGCAACAGUGCAGGACUUCGUCAGUGACACCCACUCAGAGAAAGGUGAUUCACACACGCCUGGCAGCCACAUGCCCCCUGACCGAUCCGCAUCAGGCUCCUGGUCUGACCAGGAGACUCUGGCGCUUAUUGACAUCUGGGCCCAGGACGAAGUCCAGAGGGGCCUGAAGGGCGUGGUGCACAAUGGCCAUGUGUUUUCGGACAUAUCUCAAAAGAUGCAUGACCUGGGGUACUCCAAGACGCCAGAGCAGUGCCGCUGGAAAGUGAAGACACUGCGGCAAAAUUUCCGUCAGUGUUAUGAAAGGAAGAAAUGUGGAAGAGACAAAGUGGGAUACAAAUUCUAUGAUCAGCUCGAACAAGUUCUUGGGUAUGAGGCACUCUCCAUAGAUGUCUUUGAUGAAAAGGAUGAUCAAGAAACAGGAAGUGACAGCAUCAGAUUCACUCCCUGGUCAGAGCCAGAGACUUUGGCCCUCAUCGAAAUCUGGGGCAACAAGGAUGUCCAGCAGAGCUUGCGGGGCUGCAUCCGAAACGGCCACAUAUUUGCUGAGAUAUCAGAGAAGAUGGCCGCCAUGGGAUUCCCAAAAAGCGCUGAGCAGUGUCACAAGAGAGUGACCAAGCUGCGUAAGACCUACCGUCGCUGUCGCAACAGCAUGAUACAUGGUGGAAAACCAGUGCUCUUCAGAUACUACAGGUUCUUGGAGCCAAUUCUGAGUCAUUUAAGUUUCUCAAAUGACGUGGGAGAUUUAAGCUUUGAUGCAUCUAUGGAAACCACAGCAGAUUCUGAUCAGGAAACGGAAUCCCAGCGAGCAGCCAGGAGAGCUGUGGCAGAGUCCAGCCGCAAGAUGCCCUGGUCAGACCGCGAGACCAAGGCCCUGUUGGCUAUCUGGGGCGAGGACCGCAUCCAGUACAACCUGCGGGGCUGCCUCAAGAACAAGCACAUCUUCAAGCACAUCUCCAAGAGGCUGGUGGGACAGGGUUUCAUAAGGACGGCGGAGCAGUGCCAGACACGAGUGAAGCGGCUCAAGGCCAGGUUCUACCACGAGAAGGAGGAUUGUAAGUUCUAUGAACAACUGGAGCAGAUAUUCCUUAAGGAGAUCUCCAUGAAUAGUUUACCUGAGGAGCCACUGGAUAUGACAGGAGAGCUGGAGUCCAUAACAGAUUCAGAUCCAGAGUCGCCGGCCCCUACUGCCCUUCGAACCCCCGAGGGCCCGAAGCUGCCAUGGAUGGACAGCGAGACCCAGGUGCUGAUCGACAUCUGGGGGAGCGAUGCCGUCCAGAGCAGUCUGAGGGGCUGUGUGAAGAACAAGCACAUCUUCGCCCAGAUCUCACACGCCAUGGCCGAGAGGGGCUACGCACGGACGGCCGAGCAGUGCCAGUCCAGGGUGAAGAGGCUGAAGGCCAGCUACCGACAGAGCAGCGAGAUCCUCAGGCGUGGAGGAGAACGGAUCGAGUGUAAAUUCUAUGAUCAGCUGGCAAGGAUAUUUGGUUGUGAGCUUUCAACAGCAGAUCACAUGUCCAGUGACACUCGGCUCAUGGCUGUGGAUGGGGCAGAUGUUGGGCUUGCCCUGGGGAACACGAGCACACAGAAAGACUCAGCAGAAGCAACCAGACCCGACUAUCCACAGACCACCAGUGAAGCCACGACUCCGCGUAGCCAGACGCAGCAGGACGAGGGGGAAAGUCAGCAGCAGGACCACGCGAGCCUGAGACCACUGAGGAGGAGUGUGAGAGAGAUCCGAGCAAACAGCUACAAAGCACAAUGAAACAUUACCACCUACCCCAGUUAUAGCUGGACAACCUAAACUGUAGCAACUUAACGUAGUAGUAAGUUUAACAAGAUUGAAAAUGAUGGUGUCUCGUGACAGACUUGCCAUGAUAAGGUAAUGGCUGAUCCCCUGUAUUUAGUUCAUCCAAUAUACCUCUAGAUGCACAACAUGCGGUAGAAUAGCUCUAUGUAAGCUGUAGGGAGUCUAAAUUUAAUUCUAAUCCGCUUACUGUAAUUUCCUGACUAUUAAUGGUGGUUUACACAUUGAUCACAUAAAAUCGUGUCCUGCAGUUUA